AUGACGAAAAGUUAUGUGACAUCGAGAGACCGUAAGACUAAAGUUACUAAUCAAUUUCAUUUUGAAGUUAAGUUGUUAAAGUUGAAUGAGUUGUACAAAAAAGAUUUUGGUGAUGUGGAAAGGAUGCAACUUGAUGGUGAACUUGAGAUAUAUUAUCACACAUUGCAUAAAGAUGACUGGUUCACUAGUUUACAAGGAAUUUCCGACCUUUCUCGUUUGAUGGUGGAAACGGGGAAACAUCGGUCUUAUCCUAUGGUUUAUAGGUUGUUGAAGUUGGUUUUGGUUUUAUUCGUCGCGACCGCAACAGUCGAAAGAUAUUUUUCUACGAUGAAGUUUUUGAAGAUGGACUUGCGUAACAAAAUAGGUGAUGAUUUUUUGAACGAUGUCAUGAUUUUUUAUGUUGAAAAAGAAGCUCUUAUGAAAGUGAAGAUCGAAGAUGUAAUGGAUCAAUUUCAAAAAAUGUGUACUCGUAGAUGUCAAAUUUAA